AUGGUCAAAAAGACAAAAGGUUGUAAAUCCAAACGUAAAAACACAAAGAUCGAAAAUACAAAAAGUCGAAAAGACAAAAGCUCGAAAAGACAAAUUCGAAAAGACAAAAGAUCGAAAAGACAAAAGGUCGAAAAGAUAAAAUGUCAAAAAGAUAAAAGAUCGAAAAGACAAAAGGUCGAAAAGACAAAAGCUGUCUAG